AUGAAUACCGAAUCUCGUACUAUCGUGCUCAUCACCGGGGCCAAUCAAGGGAUUGGCUACGCAGUGGCUCAAGGCCUUCUCGCUCACAAGGAUUACUUCAUUCUGCUUGGCUCCCGGGAUGCCUCCCGUGGUGCCAAAGCGGCGACGGGGCUCGAUCCAACUGGUGAAUUUGUCAAGUCGAUCACCAUCGAUGUGGCAGACGAUACAUCCAUCCAGCAAGCAGCGGAUCUGGUGGCAUCCAAGUACCGUCGACUAGAUGUUCUGAUCAACAAUGCAGGCAUCAACAAUGAGAUCGACAUCAUGAUCAAGCAACACAAAAUGCAGCAGGAGGGAGGUGCAGCUCAACCAGAGACAAUUAAUCUGGCUCAGCAUCGCAAGCUUUUUCGCGACGUAUACGAAGUCAAUCUCUUCGGCGCUGCGAUGGUCACCGAGGCAUUUACACCUCUUCUGGAAAAAUCAACAGCUCUCCCAGCCCGGAUUGUCUUUGUUUCUUCACACACGGGCUCCUUGGGUCUGCGGGUUGAUUCCUCGGAUGCGGAAUAUGCAAAGUGGUCUUGUCCCUCUUUCCCGGUCUACCGCACUAGCAAGGCGGCGUUGAACAUGUUGACUUUGCAUUAUGCAGCCAAGUUUCAUGAUAACGGAUGGAAGGUGAAUGGAUCAUGCCCGAAUUUGACGGAUACCAACUUUGCCCGUGGAUGGGUUAAAGGCAGACCUGCCUCGGAGUCUGCGGUUAACAUUGUGAGACUGGCGACUUUGUCGGCUGAUGGGGAGUCGGGGGUAUACUCAGAUGAAAAUGGUGUUGUGCCUUGGUAG